UCCAGCCCUCUGGCCGCUGUGGCUACUCCUCCCUCGGCCGCCCCGGGACCCCGCCAGCGGAUGCAAUUACUCCAGCCUAUGCAGCACCUGGCGGCAGCCUUAUCCGAGGCACCUGGCCGACUGGACCCUGCCCUCCGGCGUUGGGGCAGUAGCGUUUCCCACUGGCCUGGAGGAGGAAGAGGACCUGAAGCCCGCCCCGCCUUCCCGGGGCCAGGAGCAGGGGGCGCCGGCACCAGCCAUGGGGGGUUGUGAAGCGAGAGGUUUGCUCUGGAAAUUUGGCCUGUUCUUCCCUUUGCUGACGGGGUGUCCGGCGGGCUGCAGCCAAGUCUCCAGCAAUCAAGUGGUGUUGCUUGAUACUACAGCUGCAAUUGGAGAACUAGGAUGGAAAACCUAUCCUUUAAAUGGGUGGGAUGCCAUAACUGAAAUGGAUGAACACAAUCGUCCCAUUCACACCUACCAGGUAUGUAAUGUAAUGGAACCAAACCAAAACAACUGGCUUCGGACAAAUUGGAUCUCCCGUGAUGCAGCCCAGAAAAUUUAUGUGGAAAUGAAGUUUACCCUGCGGGACUGCAACAGCAUUCCAUGGGUAUUGGGAACUUGCAAAGAAACUUUUAACCUUUACUACAUGGAGUCAGAUGAGUCCCAUGGAGUUAAAUUCAAGCCAAACCAAUACACUAAAAUUGAUACUGUUGCAGCUGAUGAGAGUUUUACCCAGAUGGACUUGGGUGAUCGCAUCCUUAAACUCAACACAGAAGUUCGUGAGGUUGGGCCAAUAAACAGGAAAGGAUUCUAUCUCGCUUUCCAGGACAUUGGAGCCUGCAUUGCUCUGGUCUCUGUCCGCGUUUACUACAAAAAGUGCCCUUUCAUGGUUCGUAACUUGGCUAUGUUUCCUGAUACUAUUCCAAGGGUUGACUCUUCCUCUUUGGUGGAAGUACGAGGUUCCUGUGUGAAGAACGCUGAGGAGCGGGAUACUCCAAAACUGUAUUGUGGAGCAGAUGGGGAUUGGCUUGUGCCUCUUGGGCGAUGCAUCUGCAGUGUAGGAUAUGAGGAAGUGGAUGGUUCCUGCCAUGCUUGCAGGCCAGGAUUCUAUAAAGCAUUUGCUGGGAAUAUAAAGUGUUCCAAGUGCCCUCCGCACAGUUUAACCUAUGUAGAAGCAACUUCUGUCUGUCAGUGUGAAAAAGGUUACUUCAGAGCUGAGAAAGAUCCACCAACUAUGGCAUGUACCAGGCCACCUUCUGCUCCACGGAAUGUGAUUUCUAAUAUUAAUGAAACAGCUCUUAUGUUGGAAUGGAGCCCACCUAGUGACACAGGGGGAAGAAAAGAUCUCACCUACAGCGUCAGCUGUAAGAAAUGUGGAUCAGACACCAGCCAAUGUGAGAUAUGCGGUGGAGGUAUCCGUUUCAUCCCAAGACAUACAGGCCUGAUUAACUCAUCUGUGACUGUGCUUGAUUUUGUGUCUCAUGUGAACUACACCUUUGAAAUAGAAGCCAUGAAUGGAGUCUCUGAGCUGAGUUUCUCCCCCAAGCCAUUCACAGCUAUCACAGUUACCACAGAUCAAGAUGCGCCCUCCUUGAUAGGUAUGGUAAGGAAGGACUGGGCUUCCCAAAACAGCAUUGCCCUCUCAUGGCAAGAGCCUGACUUUCCCAAUGGAGCCAUUCUGGACUACGAGAUCAAGUACUAUGAGAAAGCCUACCCACGGAUAGCGCCGGCAUUUUGGCACUACCUGCGGGUAGAAGAGCAUGAGCAGCUCAGCUAUUCCUCCACAAGGUCCAAGGCUCCAAGUGUUAUCAUCACAGGUCUCAAGCCAGCCACCAAGUAUAUAUUUCAUAUCAGAGUCAGGACUGCAGCAGGAUACAGCGGCUAUAGCCAGAAGUUUGAAUUUGAAACUGGAGAUGAAACUUCUGAUAUAGCUGCGGAGCAGGGGCAGAUUCUUGUAAUUGCCACUGCUGCUGUUGGUGGAUUCACUCUCCUGGUUAUCCUCACUCUGUUCUUCCUAAUCACUGGGAGAUGUCAGUGGUAUAUAAAGGCCAAAAUGAAGUCUGAAGAAAAAAGAAGGGCUCAUUUGCAAAAUGGACAUUUGCGCUUCCCAGGAAUAAAAACGUAUAUUGAUCCAGACACAUAUGAAGACCCAGCUCUUGCUGUCCAUGAGUUUGCAAAGGAGAUAGAUCCUUCAAGAAUUCGUAUUGAGAGAGUUAUAGGGGCAGGUGAAUUUGGAGAAGUAUGCAGUGGACGUCUGAAGACCCCAGGAAAACGGGAGAUUCCUGUUGCCAUUAAAACUUUGAAAGGUGGCUAUGUGGACAGGCAGAGAAGAGAUUUCCUGAGAGAGGCUAGUAUCAUGGGACAAUUUGACCAUCCAAAUAUUAUUCGCCUCGAAGGAGUUGUUACAAAAAGAUCCUUCCCGACCAUUGGGGUGAAGUCUCUUUCGAGAUUCCUGAGCGCAGGCUUUUUAAAUAGCAUCCAGGCCCCACAUCCAGUCUCACGGGGUGGAUCUUUGCCCCCUGGCAUUUCCUCUGGCAGACCAGUAAUGAUUGUGGUUGAAUAUAUGGAGAAUGGAUCCCUUGACUCCUUUCUGCGGAAGCAUGAUGGACACUUCACAGUCAUUCAGCUGGUUGGCAUGCUUCGUGGAAUCGCAUCUGGCAUGAAGUAUCUCUCAGAUAUGGGCUAUGUACAUCGUGAUCUGGCAGCCCGUAAUAUUUUAGUCAACAGUAACCUCAUGUGUAAAGUCUCUGAUUUUGGUCUGUCACGAGUGUUAGAGGAUGACCCUGAAGCUGCUUACACCACAAGUGGUGGAAAAAUCCCCAUAAGAUGGACUGCCCCUGAAGCUAUAGCCUACAGAAAGUUCUCUUCUGCAAGUGAUGCAUGGAGCUAUGGGAUUGUCAUGUGGGAAGUGAUGUCCUAUGGAGAAAGGCCAUAUUGGGAGAUGUCUAAUCAGGAUGUUAUACUGUCUAUAGAGGAAGGUUACAGGCUUCCGGCUCCUAUGGGCUGCCCAGCUUCUCUCCACCAACUUAUGCUUCACUGCUGGCAAAAAGAGAGAAACCACCGGCCGAAGUUUACUGACAUUGUCAGCUUCCUAGACAAAUUGAUCCGCAAUCCCAGCUCCCUUCAUACCCUAGUGGAGGAUGUACUUGUAAUGCCAGAUUCACCUGGUGAAGUUCCCGAAUAUCCUUUGUUUGUUUCAGUCAUUGAUUGGCUAGAUUCAAUAAAAAUGGGUCAGUAUAAAAAUAACUUCAUGGCAGCGGGUUUCACAACUUUGGAUGUGGUUUCAAGAAUGAGUAUUGAUGACAUUAGGAGAAUUGGAGUUGUACUCAUUGGACACCAGAGACGAAUAGUGAGCAGUUUACAGACUUUGCGAUUGCACAUGAUGCACAUACAGGAGAAAGGAUUUCAUGUAUGAAAGUACUAGAAGCAACUUUGUUUUGUGCCUCAGCAUUUCUAAAAUGGAAGAUAUUCUCAUUCCUCCCUUAUGUUCCUCCCAACUUCAAGAACUGCAGUCUCCUGUUCAGACUAUAAACACAUACUUUUAUGUUAAUGCUUCCAAUGUGGAAUUUUUAAUCACACUGCAUAGUUCCUCCGUCAGUUACCUGCCAAUACAAUCCUGGCGCACUGCAAGACUGUUGCUACACACUGGUGAAUAAUUCAGCAUGGAUGUGUAACUUUGUAUAAGAGUAUCUGGGAAACUUUCAUGGACUUCUUUGAAAGUAAUAGCCUAUUUGGCCUGAUGUGGCUUCCUUAUUGAUGUAUUUAGAGUUUGAUGGUAGAUCAAAAAGUAAUUGACUUUUUUCAUGUUUUGUGAUCAUGUAGCUUCCAAUAUCAAAUGUGCAAUCAGAAAAAAAAGUUUGACAUAAAUAUUUAUUUUAUCUCUUAACUAAAUCCAAAUGUAUGGGUCAUAUUGUUACCUUAACUUUGUAAUAGUUUAAAUGCUGGUAAGCUGGUGCCUGAAAAUGUUAGAAUUCUUUGCAGAAAUGACAAGUGAUUUCAUAUAGUGAAUUCUUGUUAUGUGUGACUAACUGGGGUGCGGAUUAGAAAGAACUGAACUUUAAAUCUUCCUGAGCCCUGGGUUUAAAUUUAUUUGUAUAAGCAUUUGACAUUACAUUAUCCUUUAUAGAGUUGGUUGCAAAAUUGGUUCUUCAGUAGAAUUUUUCACCAUUUUUCAUCCUUUUUUUAUACUAAAUAUCUGCCUCUACCACAUGGUGAAUAACCCUUGGAAAGGCUGUUGUAACAAUUCUCAAGCCACACAGAAUAUUCAGUUGUCAGCUAUACUGCACACUGCAGUCACAUAGACUUUACAGAGCUUUCUGCUCCAAAAUCACAGGCCUCUACCUCUACAACUAAUGGAGAAUCUCCAUUAGGUUAGUAGUUUUAGGGCUUAUAUAACUUCUGUGGGCUAGCUAUUAGAAGGAUGAUGAGAUCCUCAUACUUGAGCAGGUCUGCCAUACCAUCCACAAGAGAUCAGUGGAACACAAACAAACUAAUCACUACUGUAAGUUACGCUAUGUAAGAGUGCGGCAUUAGUUACUACAUUAUAUGUAGGCAGAGAGAAAGGCCUAGGACAGCAGUGUAAUAAUAUGUUGCCUUGAGUUUACUUUUAUAUGUUUGCUGUUAGAAGUAAAAAGCAGACUAUGAUGAAAUGGAGUUCUAGUUAUUAACUAGCUGGUCUUCAUUUAGUACAAAUGCCUAACUGACAUCUAAGAUAAUUCUCUUUAAAACUAGAACUCUUUUUAAUAGCCAUAUUUACGUGCAAGGAAAUGGAUGCAAAGGCCGAACAUAAUAUUUGUACCUCUAUAAGACUUAAAGCUUUCAUGCUCUAUUCAGAUGACUUAUAUAGAUAUACUGGGCUACAUUUUCAAAACUUGCAUGAGAUAUGCGCUACUGUGAACCAUGAAAUGGGCGCAUGUCUGCAUGCUCUGAAAGCCACGCACAUUUUUACAUGCAUGUCACAUGUAAACUGUGUGCAGAUGUUUGUGUUAAUUUGUAUACCAUUUUUAAAGUUAUAUGGAGCUACAAUAUACUUGAGCAUUAUUAAUUUUCAGUUAAAAAGAGCAUUUGGGGCGAUCAGUAAAAUGUAUAUGUAUUACAAAAUGAAUUAACAAGACUAAGUAAUCAUCAUGCUAUUUAUUGCUUAAUUUGCAGCUUAAAAAGCAUACUUCCUGACACUGAGGGAAAGCUGCUGUUAUAUAUGGAAGGCAGAGAAGGAAGAGCAGGAGAAGAUUCAGAAAGGUUUAUCCUUCUAACCAUUUUCACAGAGUAAGACACACUGGCUCUGAUUCACUGCUGUUACUCCACUUUUAUGCUGGUGUGACUCCACUGAUUUCAACAGAGUAAUGGUGGUGAAUCAAGUGCAUUUUUUUUUGUUUUGUUUUUCUAAAGUUCUAACAGAGGAAUAGAUUUCCUAAAGCUAUAGAUUCACUAGUAUCCUUGAAUGCUAAUUUGCUGAAUAUAUUUCAAGAACUUAGACCCCAGUCCCACAAGCAGAUACAAGAGUAAAUUUGUGCACACGAGAAGUCCCAAUGAACUGGACAGGACUCACAUGUGUGAGACUGUUUCCAGGAUCAAGGGCCCUUAAUAGAACAAACUAGCUGUAGUUCUUCUCUGUAAGGCGCUCUCCUGUAAAUUUCUGCCCAAAUUCCACAUUUAAUUUUUUGUUAAGAAGGGUUCUCUUAUGGAACAAAAAUCAUACCAUUUUUUCCAUGUUGUAAGACUUUUUUAAAAAAUAAGAACUUCAGAUUCAAAUCUAAAAGUUGAUUUUCGUUUACUGUUUUGCUUUCCCUUUUGCCUGUCAUUGCUUCCAUUUCCCUCAAGGUGCCAUUUGGGGAAGAGAUCUUUGCAAGCAGCUUUUUAAAUAUGUAUUGAGGAACGGGAGUCAAGUACUUGUUAAGAGGUACUCAAAAAUUACUCAAAAUUAAUCUAAACCAUGUGGGUGUGUUCUUGCGCUCAUAUGUAUGUUUGUUUAUUUUUGCAAAUGUGGAUGCAAAGCUGCAUGUUACAUAUACAUUAAUCCGGAUAUGUCUCAUGGAAAUUAAUUUCCAGAUUUAUCACACUUUUGAAAAUAUAUUUUCAAUAGAACAAAUAUAAUAACAAUAUUAAAACAUUUAUUAAUUAAAUCUAUUUUUAUAAAAACAAGAGUUUAAGUAACCAGGGAAGGAGUGACAGAGGAUUCUUUUGCUGAUGACAUUUGUUUAAGAGAAAAAACAACCUAAUCAUCAUCUCCUAGAGUUUGUGGGUUUCUAUGGAUGGUUGUUGUUGUUGUGCUGCAUAACUCUUUCUUAAUAAUGAUCUUGAUCAAACUUACAUUUCUCCAGCUUUAGAAACUGUAUUUUUACUCUUGCUCGAACAUGAUGCCCACUCCACUGUUUCAACAUACAAAAGAAAUGCAAUGAGGUUUGAGAUUUUUUAAUAUGCUGGUGUUGUCUUUUCAAAUGUGUACAUUUCUGUGCAGGCUACAAAUGUAUGCACAAUGUUACCAACAGCUUCCACUAAAACGGAAGAUUGUUUCUCCAGAUGAAAAUUAGCUGCUCUUAGCGGAUGCAGUUAGCAUUCAAACUGAUUUACUAGGCUACUCUUAAAAAUCUAGCUCUCAGUGCACACCAUUCAGUAACCAAAAGUGUUUGUUGAAAAUGCACAGAAUAAAGGGAGCAUGAGAGAGGCAAAUACAAAAAUUUAUAUUAAAAUAUGGGCAUAGGAAAAUGUACUGAUAUAGUAAUUUACAGGUGAAGUCUCCACAUACAUUCUCAAUUAUUUUGUUGUUGUUCAUCUACAAUGAAAUACAUCCAUCUGUUAUUGGCCUACAUGGGUUCUUUGCACCAUUUAAGCUUUCAAAAUAGGGCUCAAGUGAUACUUAUGUAGUGAACAGCUCUGGUGCUGGCCCUCUGCAAAAAGAUUAAUUUCAUCCCUAGUCCAUAGUACUGAUGAUAGUUUACUUGAAAUGAGAUAACUACAGAAACCCAGGUCUGUAAUAUAUUCUGUCCCUGAGAUAUUUGCACACAAAUGGUAGCAUGCGAGUCAUUAUGAAGACGUGAGUUUCUUAUGAGAUAAAAGGAAAGGAAUUUAGGAGAAAUGGGUUUAAAUUUGCCCAAAUGAACAAGUUGCCUCUAUUAUGUUUUCCUUCAACGUAUGUUAUACAUGAUCAGUAGCAGCUCAAAUGUAGGCUUCAGUCAUGAGUAUUAUGUUUAUUCUAGGCCAUCAGCUGGGCCUGUAUGACAACAUAUGUACAUUUUCAACAUAAAAUGAUCCUUUAAUUGAAAAUAGAUUCAAACAUAAAUCCAAAUGCAUGUAUUAUGAUCAUAUUUGUUGCCUACCCACUCUUCCAAGUUUGUCCUAAACUUUGGUAGACAUCUGCUAGUGACUAAUCAUCACUUACACAGGUAUAUUUCAAUAUAUAGCUCAUAUACUGAAGUAUUUUGAUGAUCUUUAACUUAGAAUUUUCUGUUUUCUGUUUCUUUAAAUAUAAUGGACAUGUCCGUUAGCUGCACCAAGCUUAUUGUCAGUGCAGCAGGAAAAUGGCCCAAAUGUGGCUCUAUAAUAACUUUUAGGUUUCUCCAUCCUGGGGCUAGCUGAGGUUGUAACUGGCCCCCAGAACAAGUUAGAGCAGGUUCAAGUAACUUCCAUUGAUUGGAAUGGUCCCAUAGGAGCCAUUCUGGCAUUUGAGGGUUGCUGUAGCAUAGCACACUCUGGCCAAAUACUCUCAUGCCUCUAACUCACCUUGGAAUAUCCUCUGCAUGGAGUGGGAGAAAGCAGGUAGCAACUGAGCUGACUACACCUGCUUUAUGCUAUUAGGAGACUGUCUGCUGCCAGAGAAAUCUCCAGAUACCCUUUCAGGGCAGUUUUAAGUCCCACUUAAGUCCCUUAUAACAGAAACAAAACACUUGCCCAAAAGACAUUUUCCAUGCAUUUGGAAUCCACAAAUCUCUUCCUCCCUCACAUACAAUCCUUAGAAAAUAAUAGUACAUGCUGUUCAGGCAAGAAUACUGUGGUGGAAUAUAGGUCCUCAGAUUACAGACUAGGCUACACAGAGCACUGUAUAGCUAUAAAAAGUGUGUGUGUGUGUUAUAAUAGUUGAGAUUUUCAAAGUGGACUACUGAAUUUAAUUAUACAACUCUUGUUAAAAACUAAUGGGACUUCUGUGGCUAAAUCCUCCAGUCAGCUUUGAAAAUUUCAGCCAAUGUGUAUCGUGUGUAUAGUUCCUGGCUUCUUAUCUGAAAAUGUACAUCCCAAAACAAAUAUAUUCAGAAGUGCAGGAGAGUGGCUCUCAAACUAUGGAGAGCUGGCUGGUCACAUGAUACUGGCCCUCCUCCUAAUUCCAGUCACUAAAUCACAUUAAAAACAUUGAACACUGUCCUGAUGAUACUUUUCCAUGUGAAUAAUUGCUGUAGUUCCUGUAGGGAUUUCAAGAGAUCAUGAAUGGUAGGGGAGGUGUUCUUGAGCCAAUCUCUUGAUUAAGAUGUGGUCCAUAUUGUAAAAUAAAGGUUGAGAUCUCCUGGUGUAGUAGCCCAAGAUGCUUAUACAGUAUAAAUUAUUCUCUUAUAGGAUUUCAUCCUCCCAUCCCCAGAUAAUUUAAGGGAAAGUCUCAAGGCAAUGGGACUUUCCAGAUUUUUUAAACAAGAAGUAUUCAAGUUUAGAAAAGACAAUAGGCAGAAGCUUAUUAUGGAGAUAACAUUUGGUUUAAAAUAAAUAGUAAGCACUAUGAGAUUAUAAAUCAUAUUUUCUUAUUUUAUUAUGCUAAGUCGGAGGUAGGCAACCUAUGGCAUGCGUGCCGAAGGUGGCACACAAGCUGAUUUUCAGUGACACUCACACUGCCCGGGUCCUGACCAGCGGUCAGGGCCGGCUCCAGGCACCAGCAUUCCAAGCUGGUGCUUGGGGCGGCAUUCUGCAAGGGGCGGCAGUCCCUGUGUUUUCGCUCCAAAGCAGCACACCAAAUUGCCACGGCGGACAGCGGGGGCAGUCCGUGUGCCUUUAGGGCGGCAGGCGCGUUUCCGUGGUGGCGGCAAUUCGCCAGCAGCUUCUAUGUUCAGCUAUCCGCGGUGGCUUCAGCUAAACACAGAAGCUGCCGCCGAAUUGCCGCUGCCGGGGAAACACGCCUGCCGCCCUAAGGGCACAUGGACUGCCCCGCUGUCCGGCGGCAAUUCGGCUGCUGCUUGGGGCAGUGAAAACUGUAGAGCCGGCCCUGCCACCGGUCCAGGGGGCUCUGCAUUUUAAUUUAAUUUUAAAUGAAGCUUCUUAAACAUUUUAAAAACUUUAUUUACUUUACAUACAACAAUAGUUUAGUUAUAUAUUAUAGACUUAUAGAAAGAGACCUUCUAAAAACGUUAAAAUGUAUUACUGGCACAUGAAACCUUAAAUGAGACUGAAUAAAUGAAUACUCGGCACUCCACUUCUGAAAGGUUGCCGACCCCUGUGCUAAAUAAUGACACUGGUUCAUGUCAGAGUAUCUCAGUGGGUUUCUUUAAGAUGUUCUCUAACAAUAUCUCUCACUUUUCCCUUAUUGCAAGAGAUUUUUCAACUGUUCCUCUGUUCCACAGAGACUUCUUCUAUUAUCCCUGUAUAAUUAAAUGAGAAGCUAAGGAUAUAGAAAACUUUAUAUUAAAAAAAUCAAUCCCAAAAUCAUUUCAAGCUUUUCUUCUCUGCUAUUUUUGCUGUGUUCCUAAUUUGUGAUCUAUGUCCCACAUUUAGGCAAUGUUAGGUUAGGUGCUAUAUCUGUAUCUCAGAAAUGAUAUAUGUACUAUACUAAGUUGCUAUAGUAGGCCCCAAAUCUGCAACAUUUAAGCACACAUGACUUCAACAGGACUACUCACAUGGGUAAAGUUAGGCAUAGAUUUAAAGAGUUUGCAAGAUUGAGGCUUUAAUAAGUAUGUAUAAAGCAACAUUAGAUAAUGUUAAUUUUAUAGUUUUUCUUUUAACUUCAAUAACAUAUUUUGUUUACCUGAGUAGAGGUCUAAUCUAUGUGGCAUUUUUAUAAAAUCUUCUGAUUAUAUCUGUCUUUAAUAUGUUGGAAGAUUUUGUUCAGUUCCUGCUAUCUUUAUUUAGGGAAUUCCAUUUGUUUCUAUAAAUAUUCUCCUCUUAGAUGCACAGCAGGAAGUUAGCUAAUUCUCCAAAUUUUUUACUAAUAAAAAAAAUUAAUGGAUACAACAAGACCUCUUUAUUAGUGGUGAUUUAGUGAGCUUAGUAUAUAUGAAGUAGAGAAAAGAUCAAACCAGAAUCCUGGAUCCACUCAGACUCCUAAACUUUGGAGUUCAGAACUUCAUUUAAAUGUAAACUGUAUGGUGACUGGGUCCUAUAUAGUAUAAUUAGCCAUAUCUGAACCCUGGAUCUGAACAUCCUCAAAGUUUGGGAAAUUCCAAACUGGAAUCCAAAUUUUGAGAUGAUGGUUCAUUUCUGGUUGUGAAUUAUGAAGAUAGUGUGCUUCAAAUCAGCCUAGGUGAAGUAAUAUUUUCGCAAUAUUAUCACACUAAGAUGAUCUGAUGAUCUAGUACGUUGGCUCUUCAGAAAUAAAAUCAAUUUGCUGAUUCUCCAGAAUCCAGCCUGUGACAAUACUAGGCACCAUCAUUAUAGCUUAGAAUUUUCAGUAGACGAGAUUCUCUUUUGUGAACAUAAUGUUAUAAUAAUUGGGAAUUCUAACUGUUCUGCACUUCUUAUAACUAGGUUUUGUGAACAGCCAAAAUAACAGUAAAGAGUAUAGCUGACCAAUGAUGACAGCCCUAAAAGCCCACAUUUCAGUUCUCUCUAAUUCAAAUUGAGCUCUUACUGGUUAGUCAAAAGGUGAAAAAGAAAAAAAAAUCCACAAAUGUUAAUAUACUGGAUGCUUUAUGCUAUAUAAUUUAUAAUCACUUUACAUGACUGGAAAAGUGAUCAGCUGAAGCAGACAACAAACUGUAGUUAUUGUUUUAAACUUGUACAUUAUUAUUCAUUAAGCAAUAACUGCAGGUUCAGUGCUGUAAAACUGCUGUACAGUUAACAAGACAUUUCCUGCCUUGUGACUCUUUCAGUCUACUUAAUUGAGUGCAUUUAAAACCCCGCUGGAAAGAAUAAUGUAUUUUAAUAGUAGAAUCCUGUAAUGAGAGUGAUUACUGUUACUGAUGUAAACAGUGUGACAAUUUGAAGUUUGUGGGAGAGUGGGCAAAUGUCAAUAGGGUCCAAUCUUGCUCCUACUGAAGUUAAUGGAAGUUUUGUCAUUAACUUCAGUGAGAGUAGAAUGAGGCUCUAAGUAAAUUAUACAAAUAAUGAUCAGUCCAAACACUGUAAAUGAGUAUUUCCCCCCUCUAUUAGCACUGUUCAAUAGUUGCUAAAGGCCAAACUUGUAUUAGUAACCAUGCUCUCUUGUAUUAAUAAUUCUUUAUCGAUAUUUACUAGACACGGAACUCUGUCACUUAGGCCCUGAUCCAAAGCCCAUUUCAAACAGUGAUAAUAUGUCAAUUGACUGAAAUGAGUUCUUGAUCAGGCUGUAGAGCUAGGGAGUUGCUGUGGGAAAAGGAAGAAAUACCCUACCUGAACAGUGGUGGAGAGAGGACACUGAGCAUAACCAGUUGUAGCUCAGGGAGUGAUGGAGGUUACUUUAUGGUUGCUUUCUGCAUGACAGAGCGGAGAUCUGGUGAGGAGGAAAUGCUCUCUAUACUCUCUCUCCCCCCACCUCCCGUUCAUGUACCUGAAGUGGACUGCCAUAAUUUAGCCCAUAAUAAGUACUGUACUGCAUAUAGUAGUACAUCUAGAAAUUCUGUAACUAUAUCUCCUCAGAAAUAAUAUCCAUAAGUUAAUUUAUGCAUUUUAGAAGAAAAUCACCCUCAAAUAAACAGAACCUACCAACCCAAAUCAAAUGUUUGUAUAGUAUUUCUUUAUCUUGUUCUAUUCUCUCCCUAAAGUGACACACGCCAUGAUGACCUAUGACCUACCCCUCUAAAUAUUACUCCUUACUGGUAUAGUAAUUUUCCUCUUUGUAGGAGUUUGCUUCUUCUAUGUAUUUUAAAGGUAUGCUCAAAGAUUCCAAAAAAACACCCUUAGUGCACUGUGCCCAAAAUAAUGUGAUAGGUUUAAAAUCAUUUAGCAUGACUUUAACAUCAGCUAAUGAAGGGUACUGUUACAAAUGAUGUGAAAAUAAAAAAUGUUCCUCCUAGGGGUUCUCUUUAUUGGAUUCCUGAUUCAAGUCCAUAUUUCAUUGGGAUUGCAUGGUUUUGAAAACUCCUAAGGCAUAACACCUGUCAUUCAUGGGUAGAACUUACGACAGGAUACCUUUUCUACCCCCCCUCCCACAAAAGAGUAAGUUAAGUUUGAACCAGAACCUUUUCAUUUAAAGCUAUAGAUUAUUUUAGGGCUGUUCCUCCUUCUACCUUUUACAGCAAUGCUUGUCAUGGAAGCAAAAGUCCACUCUCACUGUGGUGGCAACAUUUAUCCCUGGAAUAACUCCAAUUAAGUUACCAUACUACUGCAGGGAUGAAUGUGGUCCUGAGUUCUUAGCUAAAGCUUCAUUCCUGCUCCUGUCGAAGUCAAUGUCAAAACCCCUAACUACUUUAGUAGUACAGAAUACAUGAUGGACAUUACUACUGUGAUUGAAAACCUAUAAAACCAGCAAAAAUAUGGCCUGAUUCUGACAGGUGCUUUGCAUCUGCAACUCCUAUUGACUUCAGUAGGACUGGCAGACACUGUGCACCUCUGAAAAUCAUGUGUAGUUUGCAGAAGCACAAAACUGCUUUGCAAAUACUCCAAUGCAGCAGGAAAAAAAGGUCUUAAAAAGGUGUUGUGAUGCUGAAAAUCUGGAUGUGAGACUACAAUUACUAAUUGGCAAUGGAGUAUCUUCUAGUAAAACAACUUUAAUUUGGUCAAAGAUGGCAAAAAUUCUGCUUCAUCUAAUUUUGUCUUCAAGAUUAUUUUUAAAAUAUGCUAUUUCCAUUUAGAGAAAAUAUGCAGAAAACAUAGUUGUUCCCCUCAAAAGGUUAGUUUUGAUUUUGACAUGGAAGAUAGCGGUCUUUCUAGCUGUGUUUGGUACGUUUUUUCAGCAUAGCUUCCAAUUCUGUGUAUUAGGCUUUAAACGUGUAUGAAUUCAAAAGGGUUUUUAAUCUUGUUUUUGCUGUGAAAUUAGGUUGUUCACGAUUAAAUAUGACUGCUCAUCAUAGUUUGCUGUUCUAGUAUAGCCAUAAAAUGUAUUGACAUAUGUGUAUAUAUAAAUAUCUAUUUGUUGACAGACACUUUAGGCAAUAUAUAAAUAGCCAUGUCAAAACAUCUAAAGUUGCAGUAUAAUCAGACCUGAAAAAUACUUUACAAGUAAACAAUGCCCUCUGCACAGAUCGUUAUCAAUAUUCUGAAAGCCACCUCUUUAGAAAGAUGCCAACUUGUGUUUUGGCAUUGCUUCUUUUCUCCUUAGAGAUACAUUUGACUAUUGAGAAUUACCUGUAUCUAAAUCACCUUUCUUCCUAUACAAAAGUGACCAUUGGGUGUUAUACCUUUAAGUUGUGCCAUUCAGCGAUUCUGAACAUUGAAAAAUGUGCCUGUGUAAUACUGCAAACAGCAAGCGAGAGCCAACAUUUCUGAGAGAGAGAACAUUUCAUAGCUGGCAUAGUUAUUUUUCUCUUGGGACUGCCUCACCAUUUCAAAUUACUUUUCUUCAUGUAAUAUGCCUCCCCCACAUGUUCCAAAUGCAUUUUGGUUUCUCUCAAGUUAUAGCAGUGUUGUGGGAAUAACUGAAAUAAAAAGUUUAAAAUACUGAGCUUCAAUCCCAAGAAGAAUAUGGGAACCUACCUACUUUACAUCAGAGGUGAAGUAGUUCCUAUUUACUUGAAGGUGGUAUUAUUUUCCUUUUUUUUAAAUCUACUAUUAUGAAGAGAUGAUGUUCCAUGUAAAUUUUCAUGUGCUGGCAUGCCUACAAAUUAAUAGUGUAAUAGACUGCUCAGCUCUCAAAACUAGGGCAUUGUUAAGGUGAAUUGCAUUACACAUGCCAUCUAUUUGCAGAACAAAUAUGGGGUUUGGCAAAGCUACCUGCUGAGCAACAUAAUAAGAUUUUUGUACAAAGUACAAGUUACUGAUUAUUAUUGUAUUUUAUUUUUCUAUAAUUUCCUAAGAAGCAUUAUCAGGUCUUACA